CUUUGUUUACACGAUUAACUGUCAAAUUAUAUCAACAUUUUGUCAUUUACAAAAUUUAUGUGCCUGUAAAAGGAAAAUCGAAUUAAUACGCAACCGUAUUAAAAUGUAAUAUGUUUCAGUAUAAACAGAAUGCCCAAAUCAGAAUCGCCGCAACGUUGCGAAGAAUCAUGUCCUGGAGCAUUAGCAAGUGAUUGGAGUAUUAACGAAUUUAACCGAAAUGCAAGUAAUUGUUCUAUUUGCGAUUUAGAAUGUCCCAAAUCCAAAUCGCAAGUACCAAAUAAUUUUAAUAGCUCUUUAUCGAAAACAGACGAAAGCAAAAAAAAGUGGAUUGUGUGCUUCAGAGGAGUUUUUUCAAAAAAUAAAUCCAAUAUUACGCCCGGCGAGCCAACUCCUUUUUUUAAAGAAUCCACAAUUGAGUCGCAGUCUAACCAAGCAGAGGGCAGUGGUUCCGAUUGCAGCUGUUGUAAUUGCAAAGAUAACCAAGCGCAAGAAGACGGAAAAAACGUAUCGAACUAUCCAGACAAACGAAGCCAACCGUUACUUCAACCAGUUUUAACUACUUUCGAAGAUAUAACAACACCAAACACACUUCCAACUACUUCUAAAUCUAUAGGACAAUCCCAAUCUAAAGGCCCAAUAUUUCCUCCAGUUCUAUCUACUGUCCAACCGUGUGUAGUCGAUUCAAUUUUUUCAUUCAAAUGCCCGAAAAAUUUUGUUUUGUCACCAAAAGUGUCUCCGAAAUCUGCACCUACAACUACAAAUAAAGAUAAUUCUCCGACUCCUCAAAGAUUGUCUAAUUUUUCAAUGACUCAAUCGAGAAGAUCUGUCAAAAAUGAAACAUCUGUACCUCUUAAAACUUCCGUUUUCUCGAUCCGCUCCAAUGAUUGUUCAAAAUUACUUAACCCUCCGAUAUGUUCAAACAAAUGUUUAGAAAUACAACCAACGCUACCAAUGAUUUCAGAAGUAUUUUUCGAAGAAAUAAAUACUACAUCUGCUAAUACGUCUACCGUUCCAAAAGAACUACCCAUUGAACUUAAGGAAGGCACAGAAGAACAACUGGAAGAACCAAUAGAAGACCCAGUAGAAGAACUGGAAGAACCAGUAGAAGACCCAGUAGAAGAACCAGUAGAAGAACCAGCAGAAAAAUCAUUAGAAGAACCAGUUGAAGAAUCAGUAGAAGUACUAGUAGAAGAGCCUGUGGAAGAACCACUAGAUGACAUGAAUGAUUCAAAUCAUCCUCAAACUGAAAUUGACGCGAAUGAAGAUCCCACAGAAAAUACUGAACCAAUCGUUCCCGUAGAGUCUACUAAACUUUCCAGUAAUGAAUCAAACUGCAGCUGUUGUUUCUGUAAUGAUACCCCAACAAUUUGUCCUUCUGAAAGUCCGACAUAUCCUAUAUUUUCUUCGGAAUCUACCGAAGCUAAACAAAUAUCGAGCAGCGCUUGUAAAUGUUCUUCAACAAGUUCCAACGUAUCUGCUCUCGAUGAAUCAGACAUUCCUAUUUUCGUUUGUGCCACAGACUGUACAACGCCUUGCUCCAAAAAUCCUCAAUCGAAAUCUACAAAUUCUCAAAACUAUUCCAAAAAAAUCGAUAAAAAUGACCCGACAUGUAAUUGUGUGAAUGAUAAAAAUGUACUAAGAGAUACUAGACCGUCAAUUAAACGCUCAACUUUCCUCAAUUGUCGUGCAAGUGGCAUCAAUACCCCAAAAUCGAAGCCAAUACAAUCCGGAUCAUUUCUUAUAUGCCCAAAGUUGGCUCCAUUGUUCGUUAAAUCUGUUUGUCGAUCACCUCAUCAUAUUUCCAUGCUACGAUCAAAAUUAUGUUUAAAUUACAAGAACCAAAAUAUCUCUCCUGUUUGUUCUCUUAAAUCGUCAGAAGAAAAGCCAUGUUAUUUCUAUUUAUCACAAUCUUCCAAGGCCAAGUAUUCAGGAGAUUCUCCUCAAAAAGUUUGUAGCUCUAAAAGAUCUCCUAAUAAUGCACGAAAAAUCUGCCGCAAUAAACAGAAUCUUCCGAAAGAAUUACCUAUCAAAACAAAAUGUAUAUCUUCUAAAUCUUCAACACCUCUCAAACCUAAAUCUACAGAUUUAUCAUCCAAAUGUACAGCUAGGUGUUCGAAGAAAUAUCAUACAGUAUCUUCAAAAGAUAAGAUGGAUUCCUCGAAACUUGGGCAAGAACAAUCAAAUAGUCCUAAACCAAGCUCAAAAUCGAAAUGUUGUUGCUCUAACAAAUCAACUGAGAAGAGGGAAACUAUGGAUAACAAACAAAUUCCUUCAUGUUGGUCGAAUCGAUUUCAACAACCUGAUAAGGUUCUAGAAAAUAAUCAGAAUACAUCGAAUUCUUUAUUUGGAAAAUACAAAUGCACCAUUUGCCGAAAACCUAUUAUCGAUUGUAAAUGUAAACCUAAUAUAUCCGAUGAAGAGGAAAGCUCUAGCAGUUCAGAUCAAAAGCAAAUCUCCCCCAAAUGCUCAAUUUGCAACGAACCUGUACAAGAAUGUAAAUGUAAUGAAGACGCCGUAUUACCCUCGUGGAACGAUAAACCGAAAUAUUUAUGUCCCGUUUGUAAUAAACCGAUUGAAGAAUGUACCUGUCAUCAAAGCGACACCGAUGAAUCUAGUGAAGAUAGUAUUGACGAAAAUUCACAAGCUAAUUUAAAUGAGUGUUUCGGUAAAUGCGCCACAUAUACACAAUCGAGGACACCACAAACUUUCCCGGGUGACAAUAAUAAAACUUGUAUGUGCAAAUCACAAAACGACCAAUUCGAUGAACAAAUUAAUUGCGAUUGUAAAACUUGUCGCGAACAGUUGCAAAAAUAUCGAAAAAAAUCGGUUUGUCCAAAACAGGGUCCAGCUAAAUGUAUCGAUUGCAAAAAACUACUUCAAGAAUGUACCUGCAAACCGACUUCAUUCGAACCGCCAAUUUACACAAAGUAUAAGUGUUCGGAAUGUAAUCAACCAAUUCCAGAAUGUAAUUGUGAAACAGAUUCACCAGAAAAAGUACCUACGUACCAAAAAAUAUCGAAUAAAGCACAAAAAUAUUGUAAUUGCCUAGAAAAAGAGCAAGAAGAUAAUCCUUUCUCUAAAAAUCUACUUAUUGAUGCAUUACAAGAAUGUGUGUGUGAUAGUAAGAAUGCUGAACAAUCGAAUCAAUGCCCAAAAGCGAAUGGAAGAGAAACGAUGUCUUAUUCUUCAAAAAACGACAAUCAAUCAGUUGUAAAACAAAAAUAUAGAUGUUUGUGCUGUAAGAAACCGAUACAAGAUUGUACAUGUACCUCGUUUGGAUUUGAAAAUAGUUCUAAUAACAUGGCUGAAUCAGAAAUAGGAAAUCAGAUUUGUUCAAAAUGCGUCGAUAAAAAUUAUUCCGACACAAAUAACAAAUCUUAUUCAAAACCAGCGUUCACGAAAUACAAAUGCACAAAUUGUAACGUACCAUUGUUGGAAUGUAAAUGCUCUUUAAGCGAUAUUCCAAGUGCAGUUUUGGAAAAUAAUAAUAAAUGUCAAGAAGAUGGGGCUUCUGAUGAAAAUAACGAAUCAAAACUUUACGUAUGUUCCAAAUGCAAUAGAUCAAUUCAAUAUUGUGUAUGCAAUAAUAAUAAAAACCGAGAAUAUCCAAAGAUGAAUAAUGUUUCCAAAUACAAAUGUUCGGAAUGUAAUAGACCUCUUGAAGAAUGUAAAUGUAAAGCAGAAAAUAACGAAAGCGUAAGUGAUCUGGAUUGUGGAAAUUACAACGAAUCUAAACAAUUAGAAACAAAACCAAACUACGUAUGUUGUUAUUGCAAACGACCUAUCGAAAAGUGUGUAUGCCAAUUUAAAAAAGACUCAGAUUAUAAACAAUCGGUACCAAAAUGUAGUUGUCAACGAGAUACAGAAGAUGUACAAAAUUAUUCAAAUUGUUUAUCCAAUAUGGAAAAAGGAAACUCUAAAUUUAAAACCAAAAACUUAAAAUGUUGUAAAUGUAAACAACCUGUAGACGAAUGUAUUUGUAAUACGAACGAUUAUUCAACUAACCAAUCCAGACAACCAAAUAUUAAUAAAUUAUGUUCAAAGUACAACAAUAAAUCCAAUAGAUAUGGAAACGAAAACGUUUCGCUUUCUUACCAACCUCGUAUGAAUGAUACAGGAAAUGAUCGAAAUCGUGCGGUUACAGAAUCGUCUAGAUUUUCGAAACUUUGUACAUACAACAAUAAUCCUCCAAAAAAGACAAAUAGGAAUUGUAGAGAUAUUCCGCAGUUUCCUCAUCCGAGCUUAUUAACUGAACCAUGUCCCGAUAGCUGCGACAGCAAAGGUGCUUCAUCUUACUGCCCGCUUAAAAACGAAUGUAAUGCCAUGAACUUUUCUAAAAAAAAGAUAUUUGAACCUUCAAAACCUGUAACUUCUCCAGAAGACGAGUUUUCAGAUUGUCCUCCACUUUUUCUGAAAGUAUGUCCAGUAUCUAAAGUCGGUCCGAGACGUUCUGCAAGUCGGAUUAAAAAAUUUCCGAGCAAAGUAAAGAAUUGUAUAACUCCUAAAGCUUCUUCGAAGAAAUCUUCUAGACGUCGUUCUCCUCCUAGUUGUUCGAGAAACAGUCGCGAUAAUCAGAAUAUGUUUAAAGAAAAAGAUUUGUAUCAAAGGAAGAGCUGCAAAGUAUGUAAUCAAUCUUCAGAGAAUCGAACAGUUGAACACAGUGUUAUACAUAAAAUUAGACAUUUUAACUCGCUAUUAAAUAAUAAAGAUUGUAAAUUCAACUGACUUUUGACAUUUAUUAAAUAGAUUUGAAAAUCGGCUUAACUAAAUGUGGUUAUAAGGAUAUUUUCGAUGAUGUACUUAUUGGAUUUCUGUAGCCAUUUCCCAAUUAUUAAUACUCCAAAUUUUCCUGGUUACAAAAUAUAUAUCACAUUUUUGUUAAUAUUGUUUUUAUUUAGUAUAUAUUAUCAGACUUC